CAGUUGAGUAAAAUUAUGGGAAAGGAAAAACAGUAGGAAAAACAACAGAAGAGAAACUUCAAAGUUCAACGUUACAGAAACUCUAAACUUUCUCUCUCUUCUCCUCUCUCACAUACUUGGGAGGAGAGAGAAAACCUAAGAAAACCCAGAACGUCAUGCGAUCGAAACCUCUUAUAAACCCAAUCUCCAUAACAAUCAUGCUAUCAAUUUCUAUAUUCUUCAUACUCUUCUUUUCUGGAUUCUUCCAAGUUCCAUCUUUUGCUUCUCCUUCUAUCACAGAUCAAACAAUCAAAUCAAGUAAACCCGACCCAUUUACCGAUUUGUUGGGUGCGUUUAGAAAAUGGGAUUCUCAAAUGGGUUGCCCGAAUUUUAGGGAAAAGUAUCAAAAUUGGGGUUUUUCAAAUGCUUCGGUUUCUUUGCAAUUUAGUAGGAUUGAUGAAGUGGGUUGUGAUAAAGAGUUGAAAUUGAAGCAUGUAAAUGUUUUGGUUAAAGGGUGGACUUGGAUUCCUGAUAAUUUGGAGAAUUUGUAUGAAUGUAAAUGUGGGUUGAGCUGUUUUUGGACUAAAUCUUCUGUUCUUUCUGAUCCUCCAGAUGCACUAUUGUUUGAAACCACUACUCCUCCUUUGCAGAGACGCAUUGGUGACCCACUACGCAUUUACAUGGAUCUUGAGGCUGGUAGGAAACGAUCGGGACGCGAGGACAUUUUCGUUAGUUAUCAUGCCAAGGAUGAUGUUCAGGCAACUUAUGCUGGAGCUCUUUUUCACAAUAAUCGAAAUUAUUAUGUGUCUUCUUGGAAGAAGAAUGAUACACUUGUAUACUGGUCAUCAUCGCGUUGCCUUCCUGAGAGAAAUGACAUUGCCAAGAGAUUUCUUUCCUUAUUACCUCAUCAUUCUUUUGGGAAGUGCUUAAACAAUGUCAAUGGCCUAGACAAGGCACUUAAUAUGUACCCAGAAUGUGCGAAAGACCCUAAUUCUGCUCCUAAAUGGUGGGAUCAUUUACAUUGCGCAAUGUCUCAUUACAAGUUUGUCCUUGCCAUUGAGAACACUAUGACUGAGAGUUAUGUGACUGAGAAGUUAUUCUAUGCCCUUGACUCUGGAGCAGUCCCCAUAUACUUCGGCGCACCAAAUGUAUGGGACUUUGUGCCUCCACAUUCAAUAAUAGAUGGUAGUAAGUUUAGCUCAUUAGAGGAACUAGCAUCUUAUAUCAAGGCACUUUCUAAUGAUCCUGUUGCUUAUGCUGAGUAUCAUGCUUGGAGAAGAUGUGGUGUGCUUGGUAAUUACGGAAAGACUCGUGCAACAAGCAUUGACACAUUGCCUUGCCGCCUGUGCGAGGCUGUUAGUAGACGGGGUGGACGGAGUGCCCGAGCUUUGUGAAAUGCUGAUCAUUAAUGAUGGUGAGGAGAGAUUUAUGAUCUUUUUCUUCAAUUUUGAGGAUCUAAUUUUGUUGUAAAUGUAUGUCCAUUUGUUGUGGAAAAAGAAAUACAAAUAUAGGUUGUAUGAUGUUGAGAAAUACUGUAAUCAUAUUGUAGUGAGAAUGAAAUUCAUUAUUAGGUUAAGUCUUCUUUUCGAUUUGGCA